AUGAAAAGUAUCGGGUCCCUUAUCGCUAAAAGACUCGAACCUUUUGGCUGCAUCAUCUCUUACAACUCGACGAGUAAGAAACAGAGGAUCCCAUACCGGUACUACCCGGACCUUCUCUCCUUAGCAGCAAACAACGAUGUCAUCGUUCUCUCCUGCGCUCUGAAUGAUCAGACACACCACAUUGUGAACAGAGAAGUGAUGGAGGCUCUUGGGAAGAAGGGGAUUAUAAUCAAUGUGGGACGAGGAGGGCUGAUUGAUGAGAUGGAGAUGGUUAAGUGUCUGGUGGAUGGUGUGAUUGGUGGUGCUGGUUUAUAUGUGUUUGAGAUAGAACCGGGAGUUCCUGAGGAGUUGUUUGGGUCUUUGGACAAUAUUGCGCAGCUUGCUUUAGCUAACUUGACGGCGUUUUUCUCGGACCAGCCUUUGAUUUCCCCGGUUCGGUUAGAUUGA